UGUUCAGCCUCUCAGGUGCCUCUUCUUGUGCCCGUGGAUCCUUGCGACACCCCAAGAACAGGGCAGAAACACCCCCGAGAAAUCCGGGGUGUCCUGCGCAGUGACCCCCGGGUGCUCCGCGCAGCCCUGGCCCCCAAUCCUAUAAUUUCCCUGAAGCUUCUGUGAACCGAGCGGAGCCGCCAGUGCGUCUCAGCCUCUUCCAUCCGGCAGCCGCUGUUAUUUACGGCUCCUCCCGCGGGGUUUGGCAGGUGCCGCGUUUCCCGGCCGCCUGUUUUGACCCCGAGUACUCCCCGGCACGUGGGCCGCGCGGCUUGGCCAGACCCGAGGAGCUUGUUGUUCCCGGUGUUUGUGUGUUCGAGUCGGGAAGCGGCUGACGAGCGGCUGGGGAAACGAGUCGGGCGGGUCUCGGUAGAGGAGGCGGCUGUUUGUGCCAGGUGCCAGUGUCUGAGUCCCUCUCGGUGUAUGUGUGGUAACAACAUGUCUGUCCCCCUCCUCGCUGACGCAGUGACGGUCUCAGGGGCAGAGCGGGAGACCGCGGCGGUCAUUUUUUUACAUGGCCUUGGAGACACGGGGCACAGCUGGGCUGACGCUCUCUCCUCCAUCCGCCUCCCUUAUGUGAAAUACAUCUGUCCUCACGCGCCCCGAAUCCCAGUAACGCUCAACAUGAAGAUGGUUAUGCCCUCCUGGUUUGAUCUGAUGGGGUUGACUCCGGACGCACCCGAGGAUGAAGCUGGGAUCAAGAAAGCCGCAGAAAACAUUAAAGCGAUUAUCGAGCAUGAGAUGAAGAAUGGGAUCCCACCCAACCGCAUCAUCCUGGGGGGCUUCUCACAGGGCGGUGCCUUGUCGCUGUACACGGCUCUCACGUGCCAGCACCAGCUGGCCGGCAUCGUGGCGCUCAGCUGCUGGCUCCCGCUGCACAAAGCCUUCCCGCAGGCGGCGAAUAACGGCGUGAACAAGGACAUCGCCAUCCUGCAGUGCCACGGGGAGAUGGAUCCCAUGAUCCCCGUCCGCUUCGGGGCCCUCACUGCAGAGAAGCUGAAAUCUGUCGUCACUCCCACCAAGGUCCAGUUCAAAACCUACCCCGGCGUGAUGCACAGUUCCUGCCCUCAGGAGAUGAUGGCGGUGAAGGAAUUCAUUGAGAAGCUGCUGCCCCGGAUCUAAGCGGAGCCCAAUCGAGACUGUCACAGGGAAGGACACCGAGGUCGCAGGCGCCGAUCUGUCCCCUGUGACCUGUCCGCUGCAAACGGAAGCCAUGGCCACCCCACCGCACCUCCCACUGCUCCCCGUCUCCUCACACCGUGUCCUCCCCGGCCGGGGGUGCCCUGUGUGCCCCCACUGCUCCCGGAGCUGAGAUCGGAGCUAAGGCGAGUCUUGGCGUGGCCUUUUCUCUCCUGCUCUUGCUCCGAGUGGUUUCCGUGGGUGUCACCAACCCCUCGGCUCUCUGGUUGGGCAUGGGCAAGGCUUUUUGUUGGGUUUGGGUUUCUUUUUGUAACAGUAUUAGUGGUGGGAGGUUCCCCCGUGCGGCGGGGCGGGCGCAGGGCUGGGGCACCCCCUGCUCCUCAGCCCUUCUCCCCGCGGCUGCUCUCGGCCUCUGCUCAGGCGACUCUCGGGUUUUCCAUGGGAGCUCAGGAACCCGGGACUCUCCUGCAGACGCCCCCAGGCCCAGCCCAAGGCCGCCCCAUCACCGGGGCCGGCAGAACCGCGUCCGCGCAGCCUCUGCACCCCCUCGCACGGGGCCGCGGCCCCUGCCCUGUCACACACGCACACUCCCCGGCGGGCUCAGCCCUCCUCGCGAUAAUCGCCUCCUUCCUCAUCCUCCUCUUGUUGCUUUUACAAUCUCCCCCUCAGCCCGGCGGGGGGUCCCCAAGGUUCUCCUUGCACCCCGAGCCCCAAAGCGCUGCUGUUUACAGCCGCUGUCCGAACGGUUUGGCCACGGAGCCCACGCGGCGCUGGCCCGGUCCUUAACGUCUCUCUGGCUGCUACUUCUCCUUCCCUUGGCGCAGGGAGGGAGAGGAGAGGCGAGGAGAGCCCCCCGUGGCCCAGGGAUGGCUCCGGUGCAGCUGGAGGAAGCAGCUUUGCUCCCAGCCAUCAUCUCACCAGCACCGAACACCCAGGUGCCACCGUGCCCCAUCUUGGAGGGGGGGUCUCCAUGCCCCCCAGGGCGAGGGCUGUGGGCUCUUGGCAUGUCCACAAACAAUCACAGGUUUCCCCGGCAGCUUUUCCCUGGCUGGAGGCUGUGCCUGAGGUUUGUCCUCUCCCAUCCCCGCCAGCAGAGCAGCUCCCCGGGCGCAGGGCCCCGAAUGUCCCCUCUGCGGGUGGGCUCCUGGCCGUCCCCGUCCCCUCCUGCAGGGCCGAGGGCACUUGCUGUUGAGCAGCGUUGCCCGUCUCCUCGCCUCUUGGCCACGGGCUGAGCCCGCCGCACCGCUGGGCCCCUCGGGGCUGGAGCUGUAAGUGUCUUUUAAAAAAGAAAACACCACAAAACCCUCUUGGUCCACGGGCUGUCGCUCCCUCCUGCGUGCUCCGGCCCUGGGUCCAUGCCCCGCCGGCCCUCGCCCCAUGGAGCCUCAGCUCGGUGGCCCGUGGGACUGGGGCUGGCACCACCCUGGGGUGUUUUUCGGGCUGUUUUGCGGGACUUGGCACAGGCAGCUCUGCUCCAGCCCUGCCCUGGGACGCGCAAAGCAAUAACCCGCUCUCCGGAGAGUCGGAUCUGUCGGACCCAUCCUUCGGUUGGUUUGGGUGGGUUGGGGUGUUUAGUUUCUUUCUCUCCCCUUAGGAAGUCUUAAACCAGCGGAGCUGCUGCUGGUGGCGGGGGGAGCGCAGCUCUUCCCCUUGCUUGGGCUUCAGUCCUGCUGUUUCUUCCUCCUUUCUCUGUUUUAAAGCUGCUGUGUCCUCCCCUCCGGCUGGCGGGAGGCGCGGGGGGCUGGCUGGGACGGGGACGCAGCUCCUGGCCGGUUACCUGAGGUCUGGUGGACGGACAGACCGACCUAUUUGACUGUGAACUGGAACUGGGGGGCCGGUGGGGGCCCAGGACUCGUGGCCAUCCUCGGGCACCGGCCCCUUGGCAGAGCAUUCCUGAGCAGGGGCCAUGCCGAGGACCCAGGAGGGCGAACGGCUUCUCUCCAUUCCUCAAUACAGCUUUUUUUUUUUCCUCCUUUCUUUUUUCUUCUCUUUCUUUCUCUCUCUUUUGUCUUCCUUGUAAAUGUUUGGGGGUUUUUUGUGUGUGUGUUCCACAGAGUCAGAAACAAGGUUAAAUAAAUGAUAAACCUCUCCCAGA